AUGGGCCGCCAGAAAGGCAAGGCGAAGCCUGCCAGAGCACAGAAGCGAGAGCUUGAGCCACAGGCUUUCUUGGCUUGUGCGCAUGGGGUCAACCUUGAGAAGUGCCGGCUCCAUGGGCCCAUCCUGGACCAUCCCGAGUGCUACGAGCGGGUGGAGGCUUGCGCUGCGCGCCUCCGGGCGAGUGCGGCCCUAUGGCCACUCCUGCAGAAGCUCAAUCCUCGGCGGGCCACGGAUGCUGAAAUACUCCUCUGCCACGAGGAAGCGCAUCUUCGCGGGCUGGAGAAGCUCGCCGCAGCGGCCACUCGGACGGACAAGCCUCAGUUUGUCCCGUCGCGGGGCCCCGUCUGCAUUAGCGGGCCGGGCUCCGACGUCCGGGAAGAGGGCGGCGAAGGCGACACUUAUGUGACCGCCGGUACGCUGGAAGCCGCGCGCUACUCCGUUGGAGGGCUCCUGGAGGCUGUGGACGAGAUGCUGCGGGGCGGUUUACAGUGCGGCCUGAUCCUUUGCCGACCACCGGGCCAUCAUGCUUCCAAAAACCGUUCAUCUGGCUUCUGCUUGGUAAACAACAUCGCCGUGGCCGCCGCUUAUGCGCUUCGCCGCCCCGAAAUACGCCGCGUAUUGAUUUUCGAUUGGGAUGUCCACCAUGGCCAAGGAACUCAGCAAAUCUUCGAGCAUUCCUCGGAGGUGUUGUUUGUAAGUGUCCAUCGGCAUGAUGGCACGAGCUUCUACCCGGCCACGGGCGUGGCCACUGAAGUGGGAUUUGGAGCAGGCAAAGGCGCCACGGUGAAUGUGGCUUUACCUGCCGGUUUCGGAGAUCUGGCUCUAUGGUCGGCCUGCACGCAAGUGCUCCUGCCUGCUGCGCGGAGCUUCAAGCCGGACAUGAUUCUGAUCAGUGCUGGCUUCGAUGCUGCCGAGGGGGACCCUUUGGGUGGUUGCUCUGUGGCCCCGGAGACAUUCGGAGUCCUCACGAGGGAGCUCAGGAGACUGGCUGCUGAGACAGCUGGGGGACGCGUGGCGUUUGCCCUCGAGGGCGGCUACAACACGGAGUGCCUGGCACGAUGUGUGGAAGAGGUUGCCGCAGCUUUGGUCGAGACAGCCCCCGUUGGAGAGCCGUUUGCUGAUACUCCAGACUGGCUGAAGGGCCCCCCAUGCCACGGCGCGAUUCGACGGACUUGCGGGGUUCACAAGGGGCCUCCCCUACGAUUGCCGGUUCCGCCAUCCAAGAAGGAGCGUCGGAAGCCGCAAGAAGAGGUGCACAAUGAAGCUCCUGAAGUGGUCUCUGCAGAGACGAACUUCGAAGAGCUUCGGGCAAUAGUCGAGGUCACUGGCACUGAGCUGCGGGUCCACAUUGCACCGCUGCCGCGGCCUUGCGAUGUGCUUGUGUCGAAAAACGAGAUCCAGGUUUCCCUGGCCGAGGCGGAUGUCUCGAACCCACAGAGGUGGCGGCUUUCAGGAGCCAACAUCAUCCAAGGAGCCGGCGAAACUGCUACGUACCACCGCCGCAGGUCGGAGCUGGUGGUCACCACCUGCUUGGGCGAGAUCCUCGGAGGACCCAUCGAGGUGAUCCCAGCCGCACCUGAGAAGAAGGA